UUUGCUUCGUUUGCCUUGUUUCUGCAAAACGUGCUGAACAGGCAAAAUGGAUUUCUCCAAGCUACCCAAAAUCCGUGAUGAGGACAGAGAGGCUUUUGUUGGCUAUGUCCAUGGUGUCUCGGGACCAGUGGUUACGGCUUGUAACAUGGCAGGUGCUGCUAUGUAUGAACUGGUACGAGUAGGCCACAGUGAACUGGUUGGGGAAAUUAUCCGUCUGGAAGGUGAUCUGGCAACUGUCCAGGUAUAUGAAGAAACAUCUGGUGUCUCUGUAGGAGAUCCUGUACUCCGUACAGGCAAACCCCUGUCAGUGGAACUAGGGCCUGGCAUUAUGGGAGCUAUUUUUGAUGGAAUCCAGAGGCCUCUAUCGGACAUCAGUGCUCUCACCAAAAGUAUCUAUAUCCCUAGAGGUGUCAAUGUGUCAGCUUUGAGCCGAGAUGUCAAAUGGGACUUCACACCUUCCAAAAACUUACGGGUUGGCAGCCACAUCACUGGUGGAGAUAUUUAUGGUGUAGUGAAUGAAAACUCACUCAUCAAACACAAAAUUAUGUUGCCCCCACGGAACAGGGGUACAGUUACAUACAUUGCUCCACCAGGAAACUAUGACACCUCAGAUGUUGUCUUAGAGUUGGAGUUUGAAAGCGUGAAAGAGAAGUUCACUAUGGUUCAGGUCUGGCCUGUACGUCAAGUCCGUCCCGUUACUGAAAAGUUACCAGCCAAUCAUCCUUUGUUAACUGGCCAGCGGGUCCUGGAUGCGCUCUUCCCGUGUGUACAAGGGGGUACCACAGCUAUUCCUGGGGCCUUUGGCUGUGGGAAGACUGUGAUCUCGCAAUCUCUCUCAAAAUACUCCAACAGUGAUGUCAUCAUUUAUGUAGGUUGCGGAGAGCGAGGAAAUGAAAUGUCUGAGGUACUGAGAGAUUUCCCUGAGUUGACAAUGGAGGUUGAUGGUAAGGUAGAAAGCAUCAUGAAGAGAACAGCUCUAGUAGCAAAUACCUCCAACAUGCCAGUGGCUGCUAGAGAGGCCUCUAUCUAUACUGGAAUCACAUUGUCCGAGUAUUUCCGAGACAUGGGCUACCAUGUGAGUAUGAUGGCAGACUCUACUUCCCGAUGGGCUGAGGCCCUCAGAGAAAUCUCAGGCCGACUGGCUGAAAUGCCAGCUGACAGUGGUUAUCCAGCCUACCUUGGUGCCCGUCUGGCCUCUUUCUAUGAGCGAGCUGGCAGAGUGAAGUGUCUGGGAAAUCCUGAAAGGGAAGGCAGUGUCAGCAUUGUUGGAGCUGUCUCUCCCCCAGGUGGUGACUUCUCUGACCCUGUCACAUCUGCUACUUUGGGCAUCGUUCAGGUUUUCUGGGGCCUGGAUAAGAAGCUGGCACAGCGCAAGCACUUUCCCUCUGUCAACUGGCUGAUCAGCUACAGCAAAUACACACGUGCCCUGGAUGAGUACUAUGACAAACAUUUUACAGAGUUUGUCCCCCUCAGGACAAAGGCCAAAGAGAUCUUACAGGAAGAAGAGGACCUUGCAGAGAUUGUGCAGCUUGUGGGGAAGGCUUCCUUGGCAGAAACAGAUAAAAUCACCUUAGAAGUUGCUAAGCUGAUAAAAGACGACUUCUUGCAACAGAAUGGUUAUACACCUUAUGACAGAUUCUGCCCUUUCUAUAAAACGGUGGGAAUGCUUUCCAAUAUGAUUGCUUUUUACGAUAUGGCACGCCGUGCUGUAGAAACCACAGCCCAGAGUGACAAUAAGAUUACAUGGUCCAUCAUUCGAGAGAACAUGAGUGAAAUCCUCUACAGGCUCACAUCCAUGAAAUUCAAGGACCCUGUCAAAGAUGGUGAAGCAAAAAUCAAGGCAGACUAUGCUCAGCUGUUUGAGGAUAUGCAGAAUGCAUUUCGCAGUCUGGAAGACUAGACUCUGCCUCUGUGACCACUCCAGUUUGUCCUCUCAAUUCUUCAUCUCAACUCCUCAGCUUCCCUACCUUGCCAGAUUGAUGCAACAGUACUUGAGUUAAAAUAGUCUAUGUUUGCUUGUUCAUACUUCUUGUCUUUACAAAACAUUCCUUUUAGUUUGUGUUCGGCCUUUUGUGUGUCUGAAAUGGUGAGUGAAGUGUGAAUGAGCCUGGCUGAGUGAGGAAAUAUUGUAUGCUUCUAGGGUGGGAAACACUUUACCUUGC